CGGCAAGAAGAGGAAGUGAAUGAAUGCUACAAAAAUGUCGCUAACAAAUUGGGUGACAGCUAGGCUCUCCUCCUCAUUCUCGUCGCCUCUUCUAUCUCCCAACCACCACUCGGCUUCGAUAAAUCGUCUCUCCAAUUCGCUCCCUCUCCGACUCCGAACGAGGAGGAGCUGUUCUCCUAUAUCUAUCAGCCGCCGCCUCUACUCAUCUACGGCCGCUAUGGGAGACUCUCCUGCCGAUGCCGGGAUGGACGCUGUCCAGAGGCGUCUCAUGUUCGAGGACGAGUGCAUAUUGGUGGAUGAAAAUGAUCGUGUUGUUGGCCAUGAUACCAAAUACAAUUGUCACUUGAUGCAAAAGAUUGAAUCUGAGAAUUUGCUCCACAGAGCUUUCAGUGUGUUCCUGUUCAACUCUAAGUAUGAGCUACUCCUUCAGCAAAGGUCAGCAACAAAGGUAACGUUCCCUCUGGUGUGGACAAAUACUUGCUGCAGCCAUCCGCUGUACCGAGAAUCUGAGCUCAUUGAAGAUAAUUACCUUGGGGUAAGAAAUGCUGCACAAAGGAAGCUUCUGGAUGAACUGGGUAUUCCUGCUGAAGAUGUGCCUGUUGAUCAGUUCUUCCCACUGGGUCGCAUGCUGUACAAGGCAGCAUCUGAUGGGAAGUGGGGCGAGCAUGAACUUGACUACCUACUCUUCAUUGUUCGAGAUGUUAAUGUGAACCCGAACCCUGAUGAAGUUGCUGACAUCAAAUAUGUGAACCGAGAGCAGCUGAAAGAACUGCUGCAGAAAGCAGAUGCUGGUGAGGGAGGCCUGAAGCUGUCCCCAUGGUUCAGGCUAGUGGUUGACAAUUUCUUGUUCAAGUGGUGGGAUCAUGUGGAGAAAGGCACCCUGGCAGAAGUCGCUGAUAUGAAAACCAUUCACAAACUGACUUAAAAGUCAGCUCUCGCCCAAUAUUGUGGCUGGGUCAUGAAUACUGCUGUCUUGCUGUUUGAACAAAGUUGUUCUUCCGAAAUGAAAACUUGCUGUUCCCCUGCUGGUUUAGCCCAAAAAAAAAAAAAAGAAAAAAAGAAAAAGAAAACUCGUUGCUGUUACUAAGUUCUGUUUUGAUGCCUAAAAAAUGUGGCAUGGUGGUUUAGCUUCUCUUACUUGGAAUUAGAAGACUUGAGCUACAGUGUAUUUUGACAUGAGAAGCUAAACAAAAAGAAACUUUGUCAGCAUAUGCAGCGCUCUCUCAAGCCUUGUAAUGGUAAUUAAGAUGCAUGGUUGUUUUGUGAUGGGAAGAUUAUGGCUUUUUAA